UCGUUUCUUCCUCGUUACUGUUGUCACGGACUCUUCUUCUCAUCCUCUAGAUCCUGUAUUUUCAUAACCCUAAAUUAUCGAAUGGGGUCUCAUGAGGAAUCUCCUAAGCAAACCGGUUCAAGCAGCGUAUCUAAGAAAGUUUCGGAGAUUUGGCAGAGAAUGAACGAAGGAGUUCCAAAUAAGCGGCUCAAUUUUGUCUCAACCGCUUUGCCCGCUAAAAAACCAGCUAAUAACAUUUGGAAAAGUUAUCUUGGUGUGGAUCCGAAGAAGAAAGAUCAAUGCGUUUCGAAUGUACAAAACGAAGAUAACGUUUUGAAUCAUAGUUGUAGUGAGGAGGCUAAGAGUAUUGCUGCAGCCGCUUUAGCUGCGGUUAGAAACGCAACCGCAACCGCUGCUGCUGCUUCGAGCCGUGGCAAGAUUGAGAUAACCGAGGUUAAAGACUUUGCGGGUCAAGAAAUCGAAGUAAAGCGGUUAGUGGAAAUGGAUUCAAAAGAAGCACUGGACCGGGGGAACAAAGGCUCUUCAUCCUCGGCGACGCCGUCAGCGGUUGAUGCGGUUCUUGAGCAGAUAAAAAAGAAACAAAAACUGAGUGUAUUGGACAAGACGAAGAAAGACUGGGGAGAGUAUAAGGAGGAUAACAAAGGUGUUGAAGACGAGCUAGAUAAGUACAAGAAAAGCUCAGACAAGUAUCUCGACAAAGUCAGUUUCCUGGAGAGAGCUGACUACAGACAGUUUGAGAAAGAGAGAGACGCUCGUUUAGCUCUUCAGUCCAAGAGAAGACACGAUGAUGUCUGAAAUGUAACCGACUCAUUCAUAAAAUCUGCUGUAAGUAAUCUUGUUAUGGUAUUUUAGAGAAGUGAAGUGAUCUUAGUAGACUUUGUACCAUUUUCUCAAGUGAUUUGGUCACAUUCUUUGCAGAUUCUAAACUGAGUCCCCGUUUUGUUGAUUGAUUGGGAUUUAUGUUUUUAUGUCUC